AGACGUAACGCAGAAAUUCAACGUAAGGUUAGAUAAUUUUCCAUAGAUUUUUUUCCAAUUUCUAGGUUUCACGUCGAAACCAGCAUUGUUUAUAAUAAUGUCAUCAAUUUUAAGAUCAAUCUCGUGUGGAUUACGCAACGGUUUAGUUAAAAAUAGUGGAGUUUUUUCAUUUGCACGACGAUUCAAGAGCGAAGAGAUUCCCGAGGAAGAAACAAGACCAACUGUUCGUAAAUUUGACAAUGUUCAAAGAUCAAACUUGACAGAUUUCGGAAAAUAUGUUGCUGAAUGUCUGCCUAAAUACGUGCAAAAAGUUCAGCUUACAGCAGGUGAUGAACUUGAAGUUCUGAUUGCACCAGACGGUGUCGUUCCUGUCCUUCAAUUCCUUAAAGACCACCAUCAAGCUCAGUUUGAGAAUCUUGUUGACAUUGCUGGAAUGGACGUUCCUUCACGUCCAUAUCGUUUCGAAAUCAUUUACAAUCUUCUCUCACUUCGUUAUAACUCAAGAAUUCGCGUUAAAACCUACACAGAUGAGUUGACACCGAUUGAUUCAUGUAAUGAUGUUUACAAAGCUGCAAAUUGGUAUGAACGUGAGAUUUGGGAUAUGUAUGGAGUGUUCUUUGCCAAUCAUCCUGAUUUGCGACGCAUUCUUACUGACUAUGGUUUCGAAGGACAUCCACAAAGACGUGACUUCCCACUUUCUGGAUAUGUUGAGCUUCGUUACGAUGACGAGAAGAAACGCGUCGUUUGUGAGCCACUCGAGUUAGCUCAAGAGUUCCGUAAAUUCGAUUUAGAAGCACCAUGGGAACAAUUUCCAAAUUUCCGUCACGCAAAUCCAGCUACUGAAGAGAUCGAGACAGGAAAUAAAGAAGAGAAAUAAGUCAAAGAUUUGACUUCCAAUUUUUAGUGUGGGAGGAAUGAAAACUGUUAAAUAAAUUAUAUAAAAAAUGAAACUAAACUCUGAUUAUUGAUACCCUGAUUAUAAAAAUGUCUUUAUUUCUUCUUAAACCACAAAUGAACCAUUUUAAUUAGAUAAUUUUACUGAACGUUUACAAAUGACAUUUUUCGACUUCACUACCUUCACCUACGUUGAACUUCUGGCUUCAUGCUGAAAGAGCUUUCUUCAAAUUAUCAGCAAGUUUAUCCAUAAAUUCAAAUGUCUCCAUGUAGUCGCUUCGUUGAACGGCAGCCAUGGAACCUUUUAUACAAAUUGCCAAAUCUUUUGUCAUAAAACCAGAUUCGAUUGUAUCGAUGCAAACUUUUUCAAGAGUUUCAGCAAACUUCUUGAGUUGAGCAUUAUUAUCUAAAGCAGCACGAUGCAACAAGCCACGAGUCCAUGCAAAGAUUGAAGCAAUUGGAUUUGUUGAUGUUGGUUGACCUUUUUGAUGUUGACGAUAAUGACGAGUGACAGUUCCAUGAGCAGCUUCUGAUUCAACAGUUUUUCCAUCCGGACAUACGAGAACGCUUGUCAUGAGACCAAGUGAACCGAAACCUUGAGCAACUGUAUCAGAUUGGACAUCUCCAUCGUAGUUCUUACAUGCCCAAACAUAGCCGCCUUCACUCUUCAUGCAAUAAGCGACCAUAUCGUCAAUCAAACGAUGUUCAUACCACAACCCACGAGCUUCAAAGUCAGUUUUAUAAGUUGAGUUGUACAAUUCUUGGAAAAUGUCUUUGAAACGUCCAUCAUAUUUCUUCAAAAUUGUGUUCUUUGUGCUCAGAUAAAGAGGCAUUUUACGAUCCAAUGCAUAUUUGAAUGAAGAAUGUGCAAAGUCAACGAUGCUUUCAUCAUAAUUGUACAUUCCCAUGGCAACGCCUGGUCCCUUAUAAUCAUUAACAAUGUGAGUAACUUUGGCACUGCCAUCGCUUGGUGUAAACGUCAUUUCAAGACGACCAGCAGUUGGAACUAAGAAAUCAGUUGCUUUAUAUUGAUCACCAUGAGCGUGACGUCCAAUAAUGAUCGGUUUUUCCCAUCCAGGCACCAAUCGUGGAAUGUUUUUGCAAAUGAUGGCUUCACGGAAAACUGUGCCGCCAAGAAUGUUUCUUAUUGUACCAUUAGGAGAUUUCCACAUUUGUUUGAGAUUAAACUCUUCCACUCGAGCUUCAUCUGGUGUGAUUGUUGCACACUUGAUACCAACAUUACAUUUUUUGAUCGCAUUGGCGCAGUCGAUUGUUACUUGAUCGUUAGUUUGAUCUCGAUAUUCAAUUCCAAGGUCGAAAGUUUGGAGCUCGAUAUCAAGGAAAGGAAGAAUCAACUUAUCCUUAAUACUGUCCCAGAUGAUUCUCGUCAUCUCGUCGCCCAACACAUCGACAACCGUUCCAGCUUUUAUUUUAGGAGACAUUUUAAUUCAACUAAAGUUUCUCACUGCAAUUAAAUAAUAGACGACACGACAAUCUGACGACAAUCAACUCACAAACA